CAAAUUUUCCAUUCAUUUUUCUUUCCCUUACUUUUCCCUCAUAAACAUUCAUAGUUACUUCUCCGUCUGCAAACCCAAACCCUCUCAUUCCAAUUUCUUCAAUUAACCAUUUUCCCUCCAAAUCAUCACUUCUCUUCCUCUUCUUCUUCUUACUCUUCAGCGAUGUCGCUAUACAGGGUCUUCUCUCGUUCUUCAAGGUCCUUGUGUCGAAGCUCUACACUUCUCUAUGCUUCCGCAAAGCCCCAAUCCAUGCCCACAACGCUCUCCAAUCACUUUCAUUCCCUCGUGCAUCAAUCGCCAAACAAGCUGAUUCCAAUUCAAUCCAAUUUAUUGAACCUACCAAUAAAUUCAUUUUCAAAUCCAAGAUUUUAUUUUUCUUCAUCGGCUUCCCCUGAACCUGCAAGUGAUGACCCUGCAAAGACAACUGAAGAAGCUAAUGUAACUGAUCACAGUAAUCAAGCGAAAUCUAUGGAUCAGACGAAAGAAUCAGAUAUAGGGAGUGAAUGUGACCUAUCAAGGGAUGAUUUAAUAAAGCUUGCAGCUGAGAAAGAAGGACUUUUGAAGGUAAAGCAAAAAGAGAUUGAGAAAAUGCAGGAUAAAGUUCUCCGUACUUAUGCCGAGAUGGAGAAUGUCAUGGAUAGGACUAGACGUGAAGCAGAGAAUUCGAAAAAAUUUGCUAUACAGAAUUUUGCGAAGAGUUUACUAGAUGUUGCUGAUAACUUGGGAAGAGCUUCCUCUGUUGUAAAGGAGAGUUUUUCAAAGAUUGAAGCACCAAAUGACUCUGUUGAAGCUGCACAACUUCUAAAAACACUUCUUGAGGGUGUUGAAAUGACUGAAAAACAGCUUGUAGAGGUAUUCAAGAAAUUUGGUGUAGAAAAAUUUGAUCCCACAAAUGAGGCAUUCAAUCCUCACAGGCAUAAUGCCAUCUUCCAGAUGCCUGAUGCUUCCAAGCCCCCAGGCACCGUUGGAGUUGUUCUGAAGGCAGGUUAUAUGCUUCAUGAGCGAGUUCUUCGUCCGGCAGAAGUUGGUGUUACCCAACAAGCAGAGGAUUAACAAGCAGUUUAGUGAUUUGGCAUAUAAGAAAAGAGAAUGCCUGAAUAGUGAGUUUUUAAUUUUUUGGUGUGGACAACGUCCACUAAUCUUUUGAAUUAUACCAUACAAUAUUAAUCACUCACAAAAUACUAUUCUUUUUCUCCUACGUUCGGAGUUUUAUUUAUAAUUUUUUUUAUAAUAAGAUUCCAUACUAAGGUUUCGAUUCCCAGGGAUUUUGGUCGGUUUGUUCUGUGCUAUUCUUUACAUAGGAACUCAGUCCAGUAAAAUAUUUUGAAGUGGGACCUCUCACCUCUACAUUGAUUGCCUGAAAAUUAUUCUGUUGUAGUCCAUGUAAGAAUUUUUUAUUUAUCUCUUUGGAAGAUCAACCGUAUACAUGGAUAUUAUGUAAAGUUACGGAUACGGUUUCGGUAAAGUCGAAUGGGUAAUUAAAAUUUAG